CAUCUCGUGACAUUUUCCCGAGACUAAGAUAGAUGCAGAUAAGCCGUGCCCCCCUGGCCCGAGAGCCCAGAGCCCCAUCAAUUCGGUUCCACCAGGACCACUACCCCGCGUUCUCCUUUGGCAAAAAAACGUCACAUCACAGUUGAGGCUCGCCGGUACCAUACAGCAGAGCACGCGAUUUCCGCAGCCAAAGAACACAGACAACCCUUUUAUGCCUGUCUAGUUGCCCUAUUCUCUACCUGGCAGCUCAAGUAUAAGCCUUCCUAAACAGUGAAAUGGAACCUGGAGCCGGCCGAAACAAGGUAUCCAAGCGGUCGUCGAAUGCCUGUGUACGUUGUCGUCGACAGAAAAUCAAAUGCUCAGGAUCUCAGCCGUGCGAUGCAUGUGGCAAGCGCAAACAGUCCUGCACCUUUGACGAAAGGGAUCAAAGAAUCGUCGUCACCAGAGGCUACAUCAUCGACCUUCAACAGAGAAUUGAACGGUGGGAGCGGAGCCGAAGCACCAAUGAGCCAGCCCAAGUGUCAAUCGAGGGCGGCCAGCGUCCCGAUAAAGGAGGAAACAAGCGACGGUGAUUUGCCCAUGAGGGAUGAAUCAAGUGGCCCGAUCAUUGCAGAUGGUACGCAUGAAAAGGAAAGUCAGGAGACUCGGCCUAAAGCGCCAAUAGAUCCUGUCGCAUCGAACCUCAU